UCGCCACCUUGCUUGGCUUUGCUGCUGUGCGAGAAGGACGCUCCCCGGGUUCUGUGCGGGCCAACUCCCUCUCUCUCGCCUGUAAGCGCCGCGGCGAACAUGGCUUCAGGAGUGCAAGUUGCUGAUGAAGUAUGUCGCAUUUUCUAUGACAUGAAAGUUCGGAAGUGCUCCACACCAGAAGAGAUCAAAAAAAGAAAGAAGGCGGUCAUUUUUUGUCUCAGUGCAGACAAGAAGUGCAUCAUUGUUGAAGAAGGCAAAGAGAUCUUGGUUGGAGAUGUUGGAGUCACUAUAACGGAUCCUUUCAAGCAUUUUGUGGGGAUGCUUCCUGAAAAAGAUUGUCGCUAUGCUCUGUAUGACGCCAGCUUUGAAACUAAGGAGUCCAGAAAGGAAGAGCUGAUGUUUUUUUUGUGGGCACCAGAGCUAGCACCUCUGAAAAGUAAAAUGAUCUACGCAAGUUCCAAGGAUGCAAUCAAAAAGAAAUUUCAAGGCAUAAAACACGAAUGUCAAGCAAAUGGACCAGAAGACCUCAAUCGGGCUUGUAUCGCCGAGAAGCUAGGUGGAUCCUUAAUUGUAGCUUUUGAAGGGUGUCCUGUGUAGACCAUCAUCCAGUGCCACAAAACAAGAGCUUCCGUGUUUCAUGUUACUCUACUCCUAUUCUAAUAAAGCAAAUGGAUUUAGGCCAGGGCCUCCCAGUGGAGUUGUCUUGUUUUCUAACGUAAAUAAAAUACUCUUACCAUGUGCAAAUAGCCCUCAAUAAAUUGGAAGUUCUAUUGGUGUGAAAUUAUAAUUGGCCAAAUGCCUGCUUUAAUGAGUUGGCUUGUAAGAAUCAUUAAGCUCAGGAUUUUCAAUGAUGCAGACCAUAACAACACAAUAUGAAGAGACCGAUUGUAUCCUUGUUUAAUUCAGCAAUUACUUUGUCUCUUUUGCUUAGUGUUGUUCAUACUUUGGCUAUAAUUUUGACCUCAACUCAUCCUUCUUUGUUAAUUUAAACCGAAUAACAAAAUCAUUCUUCUCCUGGCACAUAGCGACACUAAUACACCACAGUCAGAUUAAGUCAGACAGUCUUCAAUUCUACCAAGUGUGUAAUGUAGAUUGCUUCACGUUUGUACACUUGUAACCAAUGCUGAUCUCGCAAAGCACCAUUUACAGCACUUAGUGGGAAUAUAGGAAGCAGUCCCUGCAUCAAGGCACAGUCUCUAUUCAGCUAUUCUGAAGUUAGGACACUGUUCUGGUGGGUUGACAUUGCAUCCUGGAAAUCAUGGUAUCCUCAGGAGAAUGUGCAAUAUUUUGUAACGUAAUUGACAUAAGGCAAAUAUAGAGUUCAAGUGUAAUAUAAUUUAAUGAAACGAGGAAGCUAUAUUGACAAGCUAGGAUAUCCACGAUUAUCUUUGUGUCCUUUGAAAUUUGCUGCCUCUGGCACAACUAAGGAAUCACAAGUAUGUAGUAAUUGUUUACUCGGCUCUUAGAGAACAUCACCGUCUAGAACUGCGUGCAUGAGUGAGGUGAGAGCACGGUGAUGGACGACACUCCCAAGCAGCAGCCCCGGGGGGACUGGAUUGAUUAUCCUAAUAGCAGAGAUGCAGUUGAAACGAGAAGUUCUGGCUUUAUGUAAUAAAGGAAGCAUUUUUAAUUUC